AUGCAUCGCGCCAUCUUGUAUGUCGCUUUCAUAGCACUUUGCUCAGCAGCACCAUAUAAUAAUUACAACUCACAACGAGCAUUCACUACACGACAAGAACCAUUACAACAAUAUGGUCAAAAUUCAGUACCCGUUACCACAAUUCAACAAGAUGAUACUCAACUUGUCGAUACAUUAGGUGGUGGUUAUUCAUUCUUUAAAAAACAAGAAAUCGGUUCACGACCAGUAAUUCAACAAAAAUUGGCUGUAAGUGAUCGACAAGGUCCACUUACAAGCUUUGAUGAUACUGCCAAUCAAUGGUCUGACUACACACGAUCCAGUGCUCUUAAACCACUUAUUCGUACCUUGGGUAACUCAUAUGGUCAACAACAAGUCCAACCAAUCGUUCAAGAUCAACCAUUAGUUCGUGCUGUUGGUAACUCUUACGGUCAACAACAAGAUGUUGUACCACUUAUUCGUACCAUUGAUAACUCAUAUGGUCAACAACAAGUACAACCAAUCCUUCAAGAUCAACCAUUAGUCCGUGCUGUUGGUAACUCAUAUGGUCAACAACAAGUACAAACAGUCGUUCAAGAUCAACCAUUAGUUCGUGCUGUUGAUAACUCAUACGGUCAACAACAAGAUGCUGUACCACUUAUUCGUACCGUUGGUAACUCAUACGGUCAACAACAAGAUUUUCAACCAGCUCCUCG